AUGCGCACCACCAAUACGCCUGGCUUAGUGGAUCAAUAUGUGCACAUGAUUUGCAAAUAUGUCAACAAAGCACGAGAUCCGCCGGUUCUGAAGAGCCCGAGUUGCCUCAUGUUCACCUCCAAUCAAUUCGAAGAGACGAGACGGAGUAGACGCCCUCCAGAGACCGCGGAAGCUCAUGCCAAGGCGGCCAUGCGGAAACUUGGCUUCAAGAACAUGGCAAUGUUCAGGGAACUCGACUUUCUCUUUAUACCGUAUAUCAAGUAUAUAACUCACAGUGUUCUGGUGGGCAUAGCACCAAAGCAACGAUUCGCGUUUGUGAUCGACAGUGGGCCUGAAAAGUACAAUAUUUCCCAUGAUCUAUCCAGAAGUAUCAGUGCGCUUAUCCUUACCUUGUCCCCCGACAUUAAGUGGGCGAGAGACAACAAGCGACCCCAGCAGGGAGAGUGGAGGAUGUACGGCGAGUGGUCACACCGCAGUCAAACAACAGAUGAUGGCCCAAACGCGGCACAACAAGACGACGAGUACAACUGUGGAGUGUUCACAGCUACUUCAGCAAUGUGUCUGGCGUUUGGGUUCAGACUGAACUGCUUCGUUGAGGGAGAUCUUGACAAGCGCAAGAAGCCACGAAUGGCCGCGGAGUUCGCGAACGGUGGCUUUUUCGGGCCGGGCUUUGACUAUGAUCUGUUAGAUCUCCCCCAAAUUGGUGUACAACCACCACCGUCGCCGAAGGCACCCGCAUACACAGCUCCAAAGCCACAUGCAACUCCAACUGCGCAGCCAUCUACUGCACCAAAAAGGAAGCAGUCGAUACUUAGGAGAUUCUUUAGCAAGAAGAGAAAACACGAUGGGAGUGGUGGCGACAGAGAGCAACGCGGACUUGGAGAAGAUGAUAGCUCUGAAAGCGAAGGUUCAGAUGGAGAGAGCGAUGACGAAGAUUCUCUUCCUAUCCCGAAAGAGCCACUCUAUACGCCUGAGCAAGUUUUCUACGCACUGAAUCUCACCCCAAAAACUACAAGCAAGAAGCGCAAGAACGCAGUCGCAUAUCCUCCACAAUUCGAUUCAAAAGUUCAUCAGCAAGCAAUCUUAAUAUACGAUAUCCCUGAAGAAUUCAAUCUUCAAGACAGAAAUUACUCGAAGAGGGAGUUGAAGCAAGCAUGUCGCGACUUCCGAGUUGUUGACUGGAAGCCGUGGAGUUUUGAACGACAAGGUUUCUUCAUGAAGUUUGUGAUGAGCGAGAUUGGGGCCAUAAUGGCAAGGAGGAGAGGCGAUGAGAUUCAACCUUUCCCUGGAAUUGGAGAAGUGCCUGAGUUGAUUCCUGCUACAGCGCCAAUCAGGGUUCAACCCAGGAGGAGUGUGAAGAGAUCAAGGCAAGAAAUGGAAUACCAUGAAACGAGAGUACACAAGAGGCGAGGGUAA